GGGCGCGGAGGCGCGAGCCUCAUGAAUGAGAGGAACGUGCCCCGCGCGAGACGCUGCGCGCGCCCGGGCCGGGGAGCCAAUGGGAGCGCCGGGAGGGCUCGGGCCCUGGCACUGAGGGCCGCGGCCGCGCGCCGGCACGAAGGCGAGCGUCGCGAGCGGGAGCGCGCGGGAGCGGGGCGGGCGUGGAGCGUGCGGGGGCCGCGCGCUGCCUCUUCUCUCAGCGGCCGGACGGCACUGCCGGGAAGCGGCGGUGACAACGACGGCGCCGGUGACGGGCGCCGCGCCGCAGGUGAGACACAUAACACAGCUCACCUCUGCGUCUGCCAAGCCCAAGCUUGAAGAUGGAAGAUCAGAGACCUUGAGAAAUCUGGAGACUGGGACAUCUUGGAGCCUUGGCUUUAUCCAUGGUGGUCUGUUAGAAUAUCGCCAGGAGAAGCUGCUCUUCAUCCCCGCUGCUUCUGGAGAAGGGCAUGGCUUCGCGGAUUUUAAGUUUCCCUUUAGCUGUGCAUGAACUCUAUGGGAAACAGCGCCCCUAAAAGGAUCAGGAGUAACAGGAAGAGGCUGAAGACGCUUGGGCUGCUGUUUUCCCUCCCCCUUCAAAGAAAAGGAUUUACAGCUCUGCUCUGGAACAGCUGCUGACCAGUAUUGGCCAUCAGGAGAGAAAUAAAUAAAAUUAAGCCUCUGUCGCCAAAGGCAGGUCCUGGUGAAGACAAGGUGUGGGAGUGGUGGCCCCAGGAAGACUGCCCAGAAGGGGCAAGCGCUGCAGUUAGAAGAGCUUCUUUCUUGAAGGCUGAUGGGCUGGGGUUCAUUUUGAGUCAUGAGAGGAGGAAGGGCACAACUUUAGGUGCCCUUACUGUUUAGCUGCUGCUGGGUCUCCUUGGGGGAAUGCCCCUGCCUUAGGGAGCCCCGCCUCAUCCAUCUGCCCCUGACUGUGUGCUGCGCAGUCUGUGGUCCAGGCCCAGCUCUCAGGCUGCUGCAGGCGCUCCAGGAUCUCCUAAUCUGCCCUGGGCCUUGCUCCAGGGUGGCAGCUCCUCAGCUUUUGAAGCCACCUUUCCCCUCCUGUGCUUCCCCUUCUCUGGGACCUGUGAGCUGCAGUGUUCUCAGAAGAGGGAAGGUGCUACCUUGACAGCUCCAGCCUCCCCUGGUUGGCGCCCUCUCUGCUGCCCCUCGCCCGGUUUCUUGCCUGUCCUGCCGCCGCGUGUGCCUGGCUAUGCGGCAGGGCAGCUCUCCCUUCACAGCUCCAACAUGCCCUCAGAGUCUGGAAAGAGGUUCAAACCCAGCAAGUAUGUCCCGGUCUCCGCAGCUGCUGUCUUCCUAGUGGGUGCCACCACGCUCUUCUUCGCCUUUACGUGUCCGGGACUGAGCCUCUAUGUGUCACCUGCAGUGCCCAUCUACAAUGCGAUCAUGUUUCUCUUUGUGCUGGCCAACUUCAGCAUGGCCACCUUCAUGGACCCAGGGGUUUUCCCUCGAGCGGAGGAGGAUGAGGACAAAGAAGAUGACUUCCGAGCUCCCCUGUACAAAACAGUGGAGAUCAAGGGCAUUCAGGUGCGCAUGAAGUGGUGUGCCACUUGCCGCUUCUACCGGCCGCCGCGCUGCUCGCACUGCAGUGUCUGUGACAACUGCGUGGAGGAAUUCGACCACCACUGUCCCUGGGUGAACAACUGCAUUGGCCGCCGGAACUACCGUUACUUCUUCCUCUUCCUCCUCUCCCUGACAGCCCACAUCAUGGGCGUGUUUGGUUUUGGCCUCUUGUAUGUCCUGUACCACUUAGAGGAGCUCUCGGGCGUCCGCACAGCUGUCACCAUGGCAGUGAUGUGUGUGGCAGGCUUAUUCUUCAUCCCUGUCGCAGGUCUCACAGGAUUUCAUGUGGUGCUGGUGGCCAGGGGACGCACAACCAAUGAGCAGGUUACGGGUAAAUUCCGGGGAGGUGUGAACCCCUUCACCAAUGGCUGCUGUAACAAUGUCAGCCGCGUACUCUGCAGCUCCCCAGCGCCCAGGUAUCUGGGGAGACCAAAGAGAGAGAAGACGAUUGUCAUCAGGCCUCCUUUCCUUCGGCCGGAAGUAUCUGAAGGGCAGAUCACGGUGAAGAUCAUGGAUAAUGGCAUCCAGGGAGAGCUGAGGAGGACAAAGUCCAAGGGCAGCUUGGAGAUCACAGAGAGCCAGUCGGCAGAUGCAGAGCCGCCGCCGCCACCCAAACCGGACCUGAGCCGCUACACAGGGCUGCGAACACACCUCAGCCUGGCUCCGCAUGAGGAUAGCAGCCUGCUGGGCCCUGACAGCCCUCCAACACCCACCAUGUACAAGUACCGGCCAGGCUACAGCAGCAGCAGCGCGGCGGCUGCCAUGCCGCACUCCUCCAGUGCCAAGCUGAGCCGAGGGGACAGCCUGAAGGAGCCCACGUCCAUUGCAGAGAGCAGCCGCCACCCCAGCUACCGCUCUGAGCCCAGCCUGGAGCCAGACAGCUUUCGUUCUCCCACCUUUGGCAAGAGCUUCCACUUUGACCCCCUGUCCAGUGGCUCGCGCUCCUCCAGCCUCAAGUCUGCACAGGGCACGGGCUUUGAGCUGGGCCAGCUGCAGUCCAUCCGCUCGGAGGGCACCACCUCCACCUCCUACAAGAGUCUGGCCAACCAGACGCGCAAUGGAAGCCUGUCCUAUGACAGCCUGCUCACGCCAUCGGACAGCCCUGACUUCGAGUCUGUACAGGCGGGCCCUGAACCUGAGCCGCCACUGGGAUACACCUCACCCUUCCUGUCGGCUCGCCUGGCCCAGCAGCGUGAGGCUGAGCGCCAUCCACGUCUGGUGCCUGCUGGCCCGCCCCGUGAGCCGUCCCCGGUCCGCUAUGACAAUCUGUCGCGUCACAUCGUGGCCUCACUGCAGGAACGCGAGAAGCUGCUGCGCCAGUCACCCCCGCCCCUGGGCCGUGAGGAGGAGGCCGGCGUGGGGGACUCAGGCAUCCAGUCUACGCCAGGCUCUGGGCACGCCCCGCGCACUAGCUCCUCUUCUGAUGAGGCCAGGCGCUCACCACUGGCCAAGACUCCGCUGGGCCGCCCCUCUGGGCCCCGCUUUGGCAAGCCUGAGGGGCUCCGGGCUCGGGGCCUCGGGUCCCCCGAGCCAACCCCAGCCGCCCCUUUCCUGGGCAGGUCCACAUCUUACAGCAGCCAAAAAGCCCCAGCCAGUGUCUCGGAGGUGGAGGAGGUGGCCUUGCAGCCCCUGCUGACCCCCAAAGACGAAGUACAGCUCAAGAGCGCCUACAGCAAGUCAAAUGGGCAGCCCAAGAGCAUGGGCCCCGCCCCGCCUGGCCCAGCACAGCCACCGCUCAGCAGCCCCACGCGUGGAGGAGUGAAGAAGGUGUCUGGGGUGGGCGGCACCACCUAUGAGAUCUCUGUGUGAGCCACCUGCCCACCUGCUGCCUACACCAAAGGGCCCCGGCCACCUUCUGCCCUCCUGCCGAUCUGGUGAGCACCCUCGGAGGAGGACAGACAGAUGGACUGAGCCGUGGAUGUGCGCCGGGCCUGGGCCAGAGACUGGGGAGCUGCCCGGCCUCAAUCCUUGGGCAGCCACCCUCCUCCCCGACCAGACUCAGUGGACAUUGUGCAAUGCUCGCUCUGGACGGAACCAGAUCAUUUUUAAACCAGAAAUAAUUUUUUUUAUUAUUGUUACGGAUUCUAUUUUUUUCCUCUUCUGCGUUACCAGGUGUGUGUGUACAUAUAUAUAUAUAUAUAUUAUAUAUAUUAUAAAUAUCAAAGAAAUUAUAUAUCUAUCCUGGCUGGGAAGAUGGGGAGAACUGUGUACAAGGAAGGGGGUGUCCCUCUUCCCUCUCCUCAGGCCAGCAGGAAGAGACUAAGUUCCCCCCCGCCCCAGGAACCAGCACCUUGUAUUGGUGCUGGAGCAGGGCCUAGGCCUGCAGGAGGGGCAGCCUGGGGAGGGGGAGGAGAGGUGAGGGGCUUGCUGUGGGUGGGCAGGCAGUAGGAGCACUGGCCUGGCCCCUGGGCAGUAGCACUGGGACCCCUUCCUGGGGGAGUGAGGGGGCUUCAGGAGUCCCUCCGAACUCUCCCCAGCUUACAGAGUUAACAUUAUUUUAAAAUCAAAGGACAGGAAAAAAGAAUCCCAAAAGCAAUAUUUUUAAUCACAUGCCAAAAACUGGGGGUGAGAGAAGGAGCAGCAGGCCUGUGCCCCUCUGCUGUGCUGCCCUGGCGUUGCCCUCAGCCCCACCUGUUCGGCGCCGGGUAGAGAUGCAGGGUUCUGACAGCACGGGAAGGCCCAGCCUCCACACAGAGGCCCGUUUAUUUUUUAUUCUGAUUAGUCAUUUUAAACCAACAAGGAAUAAAAAAAAAUCCUGCUCUCACCA